CAUGGAGGUUCAUAUACUGGUAAGGAUGUUCAUUUCCAUAGCAGUAGUGGCUGUGUUGGGGUUAUUCCUACGGCUAUACAAUAUGUUGGUGGCGGAGCCACGGCGGCUCCAAUCGAAGCUGAGGAAGCAGGGGAUUGACGGCCCGCCGCCGGCGUUGAUACUCGGAAAUAUACUGGAGAUGAAGAAGGCCGGCCAUGGGACUAAAACGAAGGAGGAAAAUGAUCCCAAGAACCCAACACUAGUACUCCCCACCACCCACGAUUGCAGCACAUCUCUCUUUCCCUUCCUCAAGAAAUGGAGUCAACUUUACGGUCAAGUACUUGUGUUUUCUCUGGGAUACAUACAAAUAGUGCUUGUCAGCCAGCCUGAUUUAGUGAGAGAGAUAACGACAUGCGCAUCGAUGUUGGAGUUGGGGAAGCCUUCGUACAAGCAAUUCGAGGCUCUGCUUGGCAAGGGCGUUGUCACUUCUAAUGGGACGCUGUGGAAACACCAGAGGAAAAUUAUAGCCCCUGAGUUUUACUUGGACAAAGUUAAGGGAAUGAUGAACCUGAUUACAGAGUCUGCAGCAAUAAUCUUGAACUCGUGGAAGGGAAGAAUCGAGACCGAGGGAGGAAUUGCUACGAUAAACAUUGCUCGCGACAUGCGAAGCUUCACGGGGGAUGUCAUUUCCAGAGCUUGUUUCGGAAGCGACUAUUCGAAGGGGGAAGAAAUUUUCAACAAAAUCAGAGCCCUACAGAAGGCCACAUCCAAUAUGACAUUGUCUUCCGCAGUUCCUGUCACGAGGUAUAUUCCAACCAAGCAGAAUAGGGAAACAUGGGCACUAGAAAAGGGUCUUCGAACCUUAAUCCUAAAUGUGGUGGAAGAGAGAACAAAAUCAGGCGGUGAUGAGAAUGACUUGCUGCAAAUGCUGUUGGAAGGUGCUAAAAACAGUACCGAACUGAGCAGAGACGGAACAGAACGGUUCGUCGUCGACAACUGCAAAAGUAUGUACUUAGGCGGGUACGAAACCACUGCAGUUUCAGCCGAAUGGUGUCUCAUGCUGCUGGCUGCAAAUCAAGAGUGGCAAGGCCGUGUCCGGGCCGAGGUGCUUCAAAUCUGUGGCGGCCGAAUUCCGGAUUAUGACAUGAUUCGUAAGAUGAAACAGCUAACCAUGGUGCUGAAUGAAUCAUUGCGCCUUUAUCCUCCGGUGGCUACAAUAUCGAGGGAGGCCUUGAAAGACAUGAAAUUCGGCGACAUCGAGGUCCCCAAGGGCGUUCACCUAAUGUGCCCGAUCGUGGCGCUCCAAACGGAUCCCGAGUUUUGGGGUCCUGACUCGUACGAGUUUAAACCGGAAAGGUUUGCGAAUGGUAUCGCAGGUGCAUGUAAGCUGCCUCAUUUGUACAUGCCGUUUGGGGCCGGGCCGCGCGGGUGUCUCGGCCAGUUCAUGGCCUUGGCCGAACUCAAAUUACUGAUUGCCCUGAUUCUGUCCAACUUCUCCUUCACUCUGUCUCCAGAUUAUGUCCAUUCACCGGCAUUUCAUAUGGUUAUCGAGCCCGAACAUGGAGUUGAUCUUGUGAUGAAGAAGUUGUGAGAUCUGCACAUUACAAUCUGUUAAUUUAUGUUGCCUUUGAAUGUAUUGAAACCACCGUUAUCAAAUACACUUUCUUCCCAAGGGUUCUAGCGCAGAUGGUUACUUCCUUCGGACCUUUACCCUCCCAGGUGCCGGGAGGGCUUGGGUUAAAACCUCAUUUGACCAAAAAAUAAAAUUACUUGUUCAGUUUUUUUUUUUUUUUGGGUAGGUAAAUCUGUUUGUGCAAGCUCAGAAUUGUUAUCUAUUUUAAUAUGGAAAGGAGAGCAACAA